CGAUCACAAGUACCUGCCCCAUACUCUAGUUAGUUCCGCGUUUGAGUUUGUCUGGCUAUGUAGUUAGAAAGCAGUGCUUAACUGGACCUCUAAGAUAUUCAUAUUUUUUUUAAUUAUAUAUCAUUAAUUAACGCUGUGAGGCUGGACAUUCACUCUGGUAGAUGAUGGAUGCCACAUCAGCAACUGGAGUUCUUCAUCCCUACUGGCCACGGGACCUUUUGAUUCCCACCUAUGUUGCCAAUGACCGAUCUAUGUCAGAGAUUCUGGUGUUCCUGUUUUCUGUGUCUGGGGUGUUUCUGCUUGUGACCUGGCUGAUCACCGGCCAGAAAGGGGCCACCGGCAGGCUGGGGACGUGGAGGCGUCUGGCCGUGUGCUGGUUUGCUGUGUGUGGUUUCAUCCAUGGUGUCAUUGAGGGCUGGUUCUCACUGUAUUAUGAUAUUAUUCCCGGAGACCAGAGCUUCCUGUCACAGCUCUGGAAAGAGUACUCCAAAGGAGACAGCAGAUACGUAAUAGCGGAUAACUUCACAGUCUGUAUGGAGACUGUGACUGCGUGGUUAUGGGGACCUUUCAGCUUUUGGGCAGUGUUUGCCUUCUUAACUAACAAGCCCUACAGAUUUGUUCUGCAACUCAUCAUUUCAUUAGGUCAGCUGUAUGGAGCAGUGCUUUAUUUCUACACGGAGCACAGAGAUGGUUAUGCUCACAGUGAGCUGGGACACCCAAUCUACUUCUGGUUCUACUUUGUGUUCAUGAAUGUGCUGUGGGUCGUCAUACCGCUAACGCUCAUUUUGGACGCAUGGAGACAACUGUCAGCAGCGCAGACACACACUGACAACACAAAGUCACACAAGUCAAAGAGGAACUGACCAGUGGCAGACUCGGGCUGUCUGAAAAGAGCACCAGUACGCAGAAAUUCAUGCAAGUGAUGCAUUUAUGGUGACCAGGUUUCAAACCCUGGUUAAUAUUAACAUUGGCUACUGGUAAAGAACCAUAGAAGGCAUUUUAUCAUGUUUCAUCUAUCAUAAGGGUGUCCAAAAGGGAACUUUUUCUGUGUUUUUUAAGUUGGGGGCAGUCACAGGAAGAACUUACUGUGGGACAGUAGGACAAUGACUGCGGGAGAGUGAAGGAAAAGGACAGCUGGAGAGAGGCUACAUUUUCUUGUCGCUGAUAAACACUACGUUCAGAGAUGAGACAAAAUAAUGAAUUAUUGGACAUGCCUCAUCUAUGGUUUGUCAUGUUAUACCAGUUGCAUUAUGUGCCUUUUCAAUCUGAAUACAUAAUAACUGUCAACAAAGAAUGAGUUUAAUUUUGAAGUGCAACUUCUUCCUUGUGCAUAUGACAAAGUCUUUAAAUUUUGUUAUUACUUUGUAGAAAGGGCGAAUAAAUAAAUGAUUUUAUGGUG